AUGUGUUAAAGAAUAAAAGAUAGUGUUUUUAAAUAGUGGAAAAUAUAUUUUUAGACAGUUAAAAAUGGAAAAAGUUUUAAAUUUUAGAGAUAGUAAGCUUAGUUGAAGAAUUUAUUUGAAUUUUGGAGAUUAAAGUUAGAAACAAGGCAAAAAUAAAAGAACCUUCUUUACUAAAUUCUAGUAUCAAAAAAGGAUAAUCUUAUUAAGUAUGCAAUUUAGUAAUGGAAAAAGAAUUAAUCUUAUAAUAAAAUUGCCUAAAAAGAAAGUUAAAUUUUAAAUUGGUUUUCUGAGCAGCAAUAAAAACAAAAACUCGUCCCUAUAAGAUUAGAAAAUAAUUCAUCUACUUCUACCAGUUUUAUGUCGACCACUUAAAGAAAUGGAAACAUUUAAAAUAAUUAAACUUAAAGACCUCCUUUAUAUUCAGAUAAGAAAUAUUCAUUUGCUAAUAAUAAUGAAUAAGCUACCCACAGAAGUAUUAAAAGUAUAGACAUCAGUUCAAUCUAAAUGUAAGGAGCCAACUCUAACAAAAAUAAUAAUUUGCAAGCAAACUCUUUCAAUAAUGAUUACAAUUAAAGAGAACUAUAGAAUGGAGACAUGUUAGAAAGAGUUUAAAAUUAAUCUCAAUUCAUUUAACAAUAGCAACAAUAGUUUUUUAUGAAUAAUAGUUUUAAUAGCAACAAUACAAGGAUUUAAGAUAUUUAAGGCUAAAAAAGCUAGAAUUAUUAAGGUUUUAGGAGAACUGAUAAUGGUCAGUUGGAGAGCAGCUAUAAAAAUCUUGAAAUCAUUAGAGAAAAUUAAUAGCAUGAGAUUAGCUAUUAACAGUAGUUAAGUGAAAGGAAAUAAUAAAAUUGGAAAUAAAAUGAUGAAUAAUUGAUAGAUCAAGAAAGUAAUAAUUAAUUAAGUAAAUAAUACAAAGUUUAAGAGUUAAGAAUAAAAAUAUAAAAUUAUAAUCUGGAGUUGCAGGAAAAGAUAUAAGAAUACAAUGAUUUAAAAACAUUAAAGCUUGAAAAUGACAAAGAUUUAGUGGCAUACAUGAAAAUUUUGAAAGAAGAUAUUAAAUCAUUAAUUGAUAACAGUAAAGAGCUUAAGCAGUAGUUGAUUAAUUUGUAGUGA